UCAUGGAAACGCCCAGCGACCGCCUGCUGCGAUAUAUUCCAGCUAUCAGUGCUUGAAGUGCUGAUGCUUUUUAUUUUUUAACAAAAGUGCCUUUGUCUUAAGAUCAUCCAUUCAUCAUCCAUCCAUCCAUAUGUCAAUCCGUCCAUCCAACAUGUGAGCUGCAGCUGGUGUUCAUCCUAGUUGACAUUGGGCCAGAAGUGAGCGACGGGUGGGCCGACCGCGACGAGGUGGUGGAAGGCUUCGAGCAGGAAGCCAAGGGAGGCAUCACCAUGAAGCUGCAGUCGGCCGUGGUCACGACCUUCGACGACUACUACCUGAAACUCCGUCUGGACACCAACACCAGGAACCCUUGGUUUGCCGAGUUCUGGCAGUACCGCUUCCAGUGUCGUCUGCCCGGACAUCCUCAGGAGAACAAGAACUACAAGAAAGUCUGCGCUGGAAACGAGAGCCUGCAUGAAAACUACGUCCAGGACAGCAAAAUGGGCUUUGUCAUCAACGCCAUCUACGCCAUGGCGCACGGUCUCCACGACAUGCAUCGGGAGAUGUGCCCGGGCCAGACUGGGCUGUGCGAGGCCAUGGACCCCAUUGACGGCAGCAAACUUCUCGACUACCUUCUCAAGACCUCCUUCAGGGGCGUCUCCGGCGAGGACAUCUACUUUGACCAGAACGGAGACACCCCCGGACGGUACGACAUUAUGAAUCUGCAGAACGUGGAGGACGGCCGCUACGAUUACAUCAACGUGGGCUCCUGGCACGAAGGCGUCCUGAGUAUCGACGACAACAAGCUGUGGAUGAACAGCAGUGAUAUGGUGCGCUCGGUGUGCAGUGACCCCUGCUCCAAAGGUCAAAUCAAGGUGAUCAGGAAAGGCGAAGUGAGCUGCUGCUGGAUCUGCACCACGUGUAAGGAAAAUGAGAUCGUCCUAGAUGAGUUCACCUGCAAGGCUUGUGAUCUGGGAUGGUGGCCAGCCGACGAUUUGGCGGGCUGCCAACCAUUGCCUCUGAAAUAUCUGGACUGGGCUGAUGUGGAAUCCAUGGUGGCGGUGGCAUUCUCCUGUGUGGGCAUCCUUAUCACCUCCUUCGUCACCUUCAUCUUCAUCCAGUACCGUGACACCCCCGUGGUGAAAUCCUCCAGCCGAGAGCUGUGCUACAUCAUCCUGGCGGGCAUCUUCUUGGGUUACAUCUGCCCCUUCACCCUGAUCGCCCGGCCCACCGUCGCCUCCUGCUACCUGCAGCGCCUCCUGGUGGGCCUGUCGUCGGCCAUGUGUUACUCGGCGCUGGUGACCAAAACCAACCGCAUCGCUCGCAUCCUGGCGGGCAGCAAGAAGAAGAUCUGCACCCGCAAGCCGCGUUUCAUGAGCGCCUGGGCGCAGGUCGUCAUCGCCUUCAUGUUGAUCAGCGUCCAGCUCACCCUGGAGGUCACCCUCAUCAUCCUGGAACCGCCCGAACCGGUCAAGUCGUACCCCAGUAUCCGCGAGGUCUACCUUAUCUGCAAUACCAGCAACUUGGGCAUGGUGGCGCCGUUGGGCUACAAUGGCCUGCUCAUCAUGAGCUGCACCUACUACGCCUUCAAGACGCGCAACGUGCCGGCCAAUUUCAACGAGGCCAAAUACAUCGCCUUCACCAUGUACACCACCUGCAUCAUCUGGCUGGCUUUCGUGCCCAUCUACUUUGGCUCCAACUACAAAAUCAUCACCACCUCCUUCUCGGUCAGCCUCAGCGUCACUGUGGCGCUGGGCUGCAUGUUCACGCCCAAGAUGUACAUUAUCAUCGCCAAGCCCGAGAGGAACGUCCGAAGCGCCUUCACCACAUCCGACGUGGUGCGAAUGCACGUCGGGGACGGCAAGUCGGCCGCGGCAUGCGGGACCAACAGCUUCUUCAACAUAUUCCGCAGGAAGAAGGCCGUAUCUGGCAAUGCCAAUUCUAACGGCAAGUCUGUGUCAUGGUCUGAAUCAGGUGCAAGACACCCUCCGAGCGGGGGCAAUGUGUGGCACAGACUGUCUGUGCAUGUGAGGAAACAGGAAGCCGGCCUGAAUCAGACGGCGGUCAUCCGACCCCUAACUAACACCCCCGACCCCCACAGUUGUCAGCCCCACACCGCCACCGCCGCCCGUGACCUUGGCACAGACCCCCGCCCGCCCCCGCGCGAGCCGCCGCCGUCUGCCCCGCCCGGCGACGACAAGCACCACCCCAGUCACGCUCCCUUAGUGGAAACGCACCACUCACAUGCCCCAGUCCCCCCCGCCGGCGAUUCCUUGAUCUUCACGGAGCUCCCCUUGGCGACGCCCCUCCAGGAAGGGGCCCCCCUAGAUGAGCGGCUGGACCUUUUGCACGAUUACAUGUAUGAUGCCAAGCAGGAAGGGGCAGAGGGGCACAAGUUGGCCCUGGACGACACCCCGGCCCUGUCCCCGCCGUCCCCCUUCAGAGACUCGCUGUGUUCCGAGGAUUCCGCUUCGGGGUCCCCCUCCAUCGAGUCUAUUCUGGGGGGGGCCCACUACACCGCCCAAGCCCUCCGAGACUUUGCACACAGCUCCUCGACACUGUGAGAGCAAAAAAAAAAAAAAAAAGGUGCACAUUUGGCAAGCUUUGACUACUCCUACUUCUUUGUUUAUUACCGCCGCCAUUUUGCUUGCUUGUGUUUUGUCAUUAGGUGUACAUUAAAAACGCACAUAGAAGAACAUGGCUGUGUUCGGAAUCACUUUGUAGUGCACUAAACAAGUUGUUCUGUACCUCAAACACACAGUAUACAGUGCUUAAAAGUUAAAUGCAACUGAACUGUUCUUGGGCAGUUAUUAUUUAUAUAUACUGACAUGAUUACGGAGUGAAUGAAUGAAUGAAUGAAUUAAUGAAUGAAUCAAUCAAUCAAUCAAUCAAUCAAUCAAUCAAUCAAUCAAUCAAUCAAUCAAUCAAUCAAUCAAUCAAUCAAUCAAUCCAAACACAGCCCAUGUCUGAAGCAGGGCCGGUUCUAGGAAUGCACAUAAGAGGGGGCAGUCAGAAAUGUGAGGGGGCAUGUUCUUUUUUUUUUACACAUUUUUAACACUGUUAGUGUUUUCUUCACGGCAGUUGUUAGCUGUGUGUCCAGAUCUCAACCUGGAGAAGUGGAUUGCACUCUGUCAGGCCUCUACACUAAGACCUGUCCAGCUUGGGUGUCCCACCUGAAGAUUAAAACUUCUGCUGGUAUUGCUCUUAGGGUCACUGAGGCACGCAAACCCCCUGACCACAAUAAGGUGGCAACCUCUCAGGGGGGGAACAUAUAAUAUGAAUGUUAUAUUAACUAUUAUUUGAGUUGUCGUUAAUCAUUAGUUAUAUCACGGGUCAUCACGACGAGUUUGGUUGAGUUUUUACUGCUUCUUUCAACUCCUACCGCGCUGACUGUAACUUGACACUCUCUGGCUGCGUCUUGCCUCAUUUGCAUACUCACAGUGAUUGGAUGUUUACGGAGGGGCGCGGAGUCCUGACAGCAGGCUGUGUGAGGGAGGACACACACUGCACCGACAUGAGAGAAGAGAGGGGGCUGAUUAACGUGUGUUUCUAUCAGCGGAUUUUUCACUUCUAAAAGUUUGAUUCGAGAGGGCAGGACAUCUGUUUGAGGGGGCGUUGCCCCCUCUUGGCCCUGCGUAGAGCCGGCACUGGAAGGGCUGUUAGCAAACAACAACAGUGCCAAAACUCUUCAACUUGUCAUGCCAAAUUCCCGUAAGGUACUGUGCAAAAGUACUGGGUCACCUUCCCCAAAAUGCAUGAUAGUUUAAAGACGCCCUAAUGAAGACCCUUUUUUUUUCCACAAAUUAGACGUCCAUUUAAGGUGUGUCUUUUAUUUAUUCACAUGGACAAGAAAUUAACAUUAUCUCAACUAGCAGUGACCUCAGACUUUUGCACCCUACUGUAAAUAUAGUCAAUCAUUGCUAAAAAAAACAGUAACCUACACUACAAAAAAAGCUUAAAUAAGCACAAGACAGUCCAAAUGUGCAUUUUAUUUUGCCUUUUUUUAAUUCACUUUAGCUAUCACAUCCGACCUCAUUUAAAUAUACCAAGAACUGAUUUUUUUUUAAGAAGUGCAGUAAGUUGCUUGUUUUUCUGCGUCUUGCAAGGUGUGAUUGGCGUCAAGACAACCACGAGCCUCUUUCUGUGCGCUGUAGGUGGACAUAAGACGUGCCAAUGCGGAUUGUUACAGCGUAAUUUUGCUUUCGACACGUGGCUAUAGUUUUCUUUUCAGCUGUGUUGUCAUAAGAAGGCAAAAAAAAACAUACACACUAACACAGUACUCGUAUUUGUAAUACUUGUUUUUUUCCACACAGGUGGUAUGUUUGUAAUACAGAUACAUGUUUCUAUAUUUAGAAUGUCCAUAGUCUUAAACAAAAAAGAAAUCAAAGUUUAUACCAUUGCUUUUUGAACUUUUAAGCUAACUUGUAUCCUUUGAGCAAAAGUACCUGCAAUGACUAGUUGCUUCUUGUAAUGAGAUAUUUAUUCCCACCUUAAGUUUCUUCUACUUUUAUCAAUAAGAAUGCGCAUUAAUUAUAAGAUUAUACAGUACAUGGUGCCAGUGUAUUGUAUUUACAAAUGUUUUCAAGUUUAUGCUAGUGAUGGUUUUUAUGUCGAGAAAGGAGAAACAGGGUAUAGCACCGUGUUGAACAACGCUCGGAUGAGCUAGGCCUAUAUGUUUUGGACACGUUG